AUCGUGCUGUUGAGCUGAUGUUGCUGAAUUGUGCUCUAUUAAAUCUGUCCUCUCCGCCUGUUCUCCAGGAGUCCCUCUGUAAUGGGAAUACUCGUGGUUGAUCGUCUGUUCUUUGGAGAGAUUGGGACUCUGGAUGGAGGGAUGCAGGUGUACGGAGGAGAGAAUGUUGAAUUAGGAAUACGGGUGUGGCUUUGUGGAGGAAGUAUAGAGAUUGUUCCCUGCUCUAAAGUUGCCCACAUUGAAAGGGCGCACAAACCCUACAUGCCUGACCUUAGCAAUGUAAUGAAGAGAAAUGCCCUCAGAGUGGCAGAAGUUUGGAUGGACGAAUACAAGAGAAAUGUCCACAUCGCCUGGGGUGUCCCCAUACAGAACCAUGGAAUAGACAUCGGUGAUGUUUCAGAGAGAAAGAAACUGAGAGAGAGGCUGAAAUGCAAACCAUUCAAAUGGUAUCUGGAAAAUGUCUAUACUGCAUUAAAUCCCAGGAAUAUACUUGCUUAUGGAGUGCUGAUUAAUGAUCUGCAGACAAGUUUAUGUUUGGAUAAGGGGCCAGCUGAGGAGAAUAUUCCCAUUUUAUAUCCAUGCCAUUUCUCUAACUCACAGGUAAUAUCUUCUUCUCUUCUCUUCUCUUCUCUUCAUUUUUUCAGGAAUAUUUGACUUCACUUCAGUUUCUUCUCACACAGGUAUUUUACUAUACAGCAAGUGGUGAGAUACUUGCUGAUCCCCUGCCAUCCUUUUUACAUGAUCGGAGCCGCUGUCUAAUUGAUCCCGGCUCAGGCAGAUUUCCAGAGCUGUCCUGGUGUUCAGACACUGAAAAACCAAAACACAUGUACUGGGAUUUCAAACAGGGACAGGCCAUACAGAACAGAGAAACCAAACGCUGUCUAGAGAUCAAUGCUGAGCAGAAAGGAAAAUAUGAAAAAAACGUUUUUAUUCAGGAGUGCAGAAACCAGCACUGGAGGAUACAACAUUUAAUUCAGGACUUAUGAAACGCAAGAAAAUCAAUUUAGAUAAACGCAGCUGACACGCUGGAGCCUGCUGGAGAAACAUCACAGAUAGUGUUGGUGCUAAAAUGUGAAUGCAGCUACGCACUGAAAGAAAUUAGGUACUAAAAAUGGCACAAAAAUAUUAUAUGGCUGAUGAGAAAAUAAAAAUAGAAUUGAUACUCGGAAAGAGGGUUUAAGAGAAAAAGAAUGAUUUUCACAGUUCAAAUUCACACAGUUCUUGCAGCCCCAUAUAUAAAUAAUUUGUUACAUCUGAUGUCUUUUAAAACUGACUAGUUCCAGUGAAAAAAACCUCCCCAAACACUCUGUGGAGGCUGAAUGCGUGUCAUUUGUUUUGCUCUGUCUUGGUUUCCUCUGUGAUUGUGUGUACUUGCUGUUACAUUUGCAAAUUCUCAGUUCAAGGGAAGUAGGGAGUGUGACGCCAUUUCUUUUGCAUAUAUCGUUUGGUCUAUGUUUUGGGUUAAGGGAGUAAGGGAAGUUGCAUUGUAUUUUUCUUUUGAUGUGCUUUCUUUUUUUUUCUCUUUUUUUAAGGGAAUUUAGAGGGAACUAAAUCUAGUUAUUUUUGUUUGUUAUUUUGGACUUGUCCACUCCUGAAUUUGAUCCAUUUGUUACUGAUUUUCACUAUAAUUUUGCUAAUCUAUUUUUGUUUGAUAUUAUCUUAUUUGUGAGUGAGCGCACAUUCAUUUAUGUUGCAGCUGUAAGAAAUUUUAAAAUCAAAAAUCAAAAUAAAACACAAGAAAAUUUUA